UUUUUUACUAAAUAUUAAAUCAUUAUAACACUGCACAGAAACAGUUUUACAGCUAGUAAGCUAGCUGUAUGCCCAAACAAGCUGGGGUCUUUGUUAGCGUCAAGUUAAUAUCACUUAAGAGGAAGAUGAUAAAGAAAAUACUAUACUGACUUGCUCUCGGGCUUAAAAUAUGACAAAGUUAAACUGCGUUAAUCUUGAGAAAUUUCUGGAGGAGUUUUGUCAACUAGAACAGAACAUAACUGAAGUUAAUGGCAGAAACAGCAUGUUGGAGAUCAUGUUCGAGGAUGCUAAUAGACUGGUGAAGUUUUACCAGACCAAGGAGAAGAGCCUAAUUGAAGAAAAAGAUAGCCUUCUUGUCACAGUGAACAAACUGCAGCAGACUCUGCAGGAGCAGUGCCACCUCAGAGUGGAGAAUGAGAGACUCAAGAAUGAUAUAGCAGAUCUGAAACAGCAGAAUGAGAGAACAGCAGAGGUUGGAAAGGCUGAAGUUCAGCGGCUGGUCAGAGAAAUGAGAGCAGAAGAAGGGAGACACAAGAGGGCGCUAGAGGAUCUAAGACAGCAGUGUGGCAGGGAGGCAGAGGAUGUCCACAGGGAGUAUUUUAUGGAAGCUAAAGAUGCCGAAUGUAAGAAGCUGCUAGAGAAAAAGGAUCUGGAUCUGGAGGACAUGAAGAAGAGACUAAAAGAUCAGGAAAAGGAGAGUCAGAACGAGCUACUGAAGUUACAGAUGGAGUUUGGUGCAAAGUUAGCCAGAGUUCAGAGUUCAGCCCAGUGGAGCCAACAGCAGCAGCAGCAGCAGCAGCAACAUGGCCCCAGCCUUCCUCAGAGUGUCUUUAAAAGGAAGCUGCAGUUUUUCCAGGAGGAAAAGAACAAAGAGAUUUUUGCUCUGCGUCAGAGAAUCAAAGAGCUGGAAGAGAAUCAGCGUGCCAGCAGCAUCCUGGACAGCCGUCCUAAAAGAAGAAAGAUUUAAUUUGUUUAGAGGCUAACGAGCUGCUGACCUGCCA